AUGACUAUAAGUUAUCAACACUCAACUUCUUCCUCUUCUUCCUCUUCAUCUUCGCUGGUCGUAUCUUCUUCAAAUCCUUCAUUGGCUUGGGAAUUUCAACAUCCAAAAUUUCAACUUAAUCGAAAAGAUUUACUUGAAGAUAUAAAAAGAAAAAUACCAACUCCUCGUAAUAAAAAUAUUUCAAAACAAAAUGUAUCAUCAAUGUCUUCAAUAAAAAGUGAAAGUAAAAUUCAUCAUCAUCAUCAUCAACAACAUCAUCAACAACAACAACAACAACAGCAACAGCAACAACAACAACAACAGCAGCAGCAGCAGCAGCAAUUACAGCAACAUCAUAAUCAUCAUUUUAAUCGUAAUAAUCAAGAAGAAUCUGAUGAUGGAACAACUUCUUCCAUUAAUUCGUUACAAAAUACUAUCUCCGAUAAUAAUAUUAAUAAUAAUAAUAAUAAUAAUACAAACAAUAUUAAUUCAACUUCCACUCAUUCAAAUAUUUCCAUUGAUACACAAGAUGAUCUACGGUCUCAGGUAGAAAGUUUGACUGAAUUACAUGCUGAUUUGGCUGGUCAUGUUAAUACUUUAUCAAGAAAUUGUGGUACUAUUUUGGAAGAGAUUAUAACUUUUAAAAGAAAUCUUGCUGCGCAAGAUUCUUUAUUAUCUAAUUUAUAUCAAAUUUUAGCUCAACAAUUUAACAACAAUAAUAAUGUUAAUGUUAAUGUUAAUGUUAAUACAUCACAAUUGAACCCUACUAAUAAUAAUACCACCAACAAUAACAACAACAAUAACAACAAUAACAACAACAACAACAACAACAACAACAACAACACCAACAACUCAAAUAACAACAAUACCAACUCUACUAAUACCUCUACUAAUAAUUCUUCAUCCAAUAGAAGAUAUUCUUCAAUUUCUUUAAAUCAACCUAUAAAUUCUACCAAUAAUGAUACUUCAACUCAUGAUUAUCAUAAUUCAGGUGGUUCACCUUCAUCUUUUAUGUCAUCAAUACAAGAAAAUUUAGUGUUAAAUACAUUAAUACGAUCAUCUAUUUCAACUACUACAACAUCAACAGAUAAUAAUAACAAUACUACAACCAAUUUAUCAUCUGGUGAAACUUCUUCAAUAUUACCUUUAAUGAAUGAGAUGUUUUCGGAAGCUUACGCUGUAGCUGUUAACGCUGCUCAACAAUCAACUUUAAAUUUAAAUCAAUUUAAUACUCCAAAUCCUUCCCCUCCUAUAACCACUGCUACAAAUAAUCGAUUAUUUUUUCGUGGUAAUUCCGUACCUAAUUGGUCAAUACAACCAAAAAUUUUAUUCGUUGAUGAUGAAAUAUUCGUUAGAGAAGGUAGUAGUCAAUGGUUUCAAGCUUAUGGUUGUCAAUUCGAUGUUGCUGUUGAUGGUAUAACUGCUGUUAAUAAAAUGCAAAUUCAUCAAUAUGAUAUUAUCUUUAUGGAUAUUGUAUUGCAAAGUGAAUUUGAUGGAUUAAGUGUAACUCAACAAAUUCGAAGAUUUAAUAAUGAAAUACCAAUAAUAGGUAUGCCACCACCACAUUCAUCAUCUAAUUCAAAUAAUAAUCAAUCCGCGAAUAAUUCAACAAAUGCGGAUUAUGUGAAUUAUUUACGUAGUGGCAUGAAUGAUUUAUUACCAAAACCAUUUACAAGACAAGAACUUUAUGAUAAAAUAGAUAAAUUUUGUAGUCAUUUAAAAGUUAAUAAUGUGUUAGUAUCUCCUUCUUCUCAAAAUGAUGCUGAUAAUUCAACUACGAUACAACAACAACAGGCUGGAAUUAGGAGACAAAGUAGAACUUUAAGUAGUAUUAGUAAUAAUUUAAAUGCUACUAAUGUUAUAACAAAUGCUCAUGAUACAACACAACAACAGCAACAGCAACAUCAAAUAAAUUAUUUAUCUGCUUCUCAAAUCGAUUUAUAUCAACAGCAAAAUGCAGGACAAAUACAUCGAUUAAACGAUGAUGAUUUAGAUGAUUUGGGUUCAAUAAAUAAUGAAAAUUCAAGAAAAAGAAGAAAAUAA